AUGUCAGCACCGGUGGCCGCCGCCCUGAUCGUCCUCUGCUCAGCCACUGUCGCCGCCGGACACGGCGGCGGCGGCACCGGCAGCGGCUGGGUGGGCCGCCGCGAGGGCGACUUCACGCCGCGGCUGGGCCGCGAGUCUGCGGAGCAGGGCGCGGCGCCGCAGUGGCAGAGCGCCGAGGAGCAGGUGCUGUCCGGGCCGUUCGUGCCGCGCCUGGGCCGCGGCGCCGCGCCCGCCGCGCAGUUCAGCCCGCGGCUGGGCCGGCGCGACCCGCCCGCCGACGGCCUCGUGUGGCUGCCGCUCGUGCCGCGGCUGGGCCGCCGCCGGCCGCUGCCCGCCCCCGCCCCCGCCCCCGCCGCCCCCUUCGUCCCCCGGCUGGGCCGCGACUCCUCCGAGGACUGGGCGCAGCCCUUCGUGCCGCGCCUGGGCCGCCGCCUGCAGCAGUACGGCAUGCCCUUCAGCCCCCGCCUCGGCCGCGACGCUCCCGGCCAGCUGCAGGCGGACGAGCAGUAGCCCAGUGUGCCUGGCUGAGGCGCAGCAUGCUCACGUCUAGUGCUGCCUGUCGACAUCGCCUUUCACUGUAGCUUCUACGCAAUAAAUCGAUUGAUGCAUA